CUGUCUUUCCAAAAUUGAGUACCCAAAAUCGUACCACCUGUCCUUACCGACGCCCAAACCGUCUCUCUAUUUCCCAGCCACGUUUCACUCCCGAAACAAACUUGUGUAAGUCUUGCAUGUUUCAUGCACGUAUAAAAAUCAAAUUCUUUCUGAAACAACACUUGUAACCCUAAAAGCAUAAAAAAAUAUAGAUUAAAUCGUUAACGAAAUGAGCCAGCAACAGCCUGAGAAGCUGCAAAAACCGAUCAAAUAUGGGGAUGUGUUUCCUGUACAAGGUGAGCUAGCGGAGAUGCCGGUGGCGCCUAAGGAUGUAGCCAUACUGCAGACGGCGGAGAACGCCAUGCUUGGCCACAACCCCAAGGGUUAUGCGGCUUCAGCCAUGCAGUCUGCCGCGAUGCAGAAUGAGGUUGCUGGAUUUGUGUGUCACGAAGAUCUCAACGCUGAAUCCGGUGUUACGAUUAAAGAGACAGAACUUCCAGGAAAACGUGUGAUCACAGAGUCCGUUGGUGAUGAGGUUGUCGGACAAUAUAGCCAGGCAGCUCCAUUGUCUUCUGGGCAAUUCUCCGCUUCUCAACAGGGUGGCAGUACUGGUGAUGCAAUCACCAUCGGUGAAGCACUUGAAGCCACCGCCCUUACAGCAGGAAAGAAGCCGGUGGAAUGGAGUGAUGCUGCUGCAAUACAGGCGGCGGAAGUGAGAGCCACAGGUCGUACCUCCAUAAUGCCUGGUGGCGUCGCCGCUGCUGCUCAGUCAGCUGCCACCCUCAACGCUAGGGCAACUAGAGACGAGGACAAGACCAAAUUGGGUGAUAUUCUCUCAAAUGCAACUACGAAGUUGCCUUCGGAUAAGCCGGCAACACGAAGAGAUGCAGAAAGGGUGACGGGUGCAGAGAUGAGGAAUGACCCUAACCUGACCACACAUCCCGCCGGCGUGGCAGCUUCUGUGGCUGCAGCUGCUAGGCUCAACCAGAGUCAUAAAUGAAACCUAUAUUAUAGCACCAUGUUCAUGUAAUUACGAACUUUGCCCGGCUUUGCUUUCAUUGCUUGAGUUUGAGUUGUUGAAUCUGCUAUGAGUGUUCAAUCUCUGUACUCACUUUCUUGACAUUGAAAUAAAAUAACUGGUGGAACUCGAGAAGGCAACAAGGAGACCGAAGCUGCAGCCAAACUAUCUUCUAAUUGAGAUUAAGAUUGUAGUUGAUGGCUGUUGUUCCCCUUUCACAAAGAACUAUCUGUAUCAAUAUUGCUCUAGAGUUCAGACUAUUUUCUUCCCAUUUCUCGGGCUUCCUUCAGGAUCCUGAAGGUGGCAGGCAGGGUAUCCAACCGAAAGCAAUGAUAUUAGCACUUCCAGGUUCAAAUCCUAAAGGGACACUUUCUUGCAGAUUGCUUCAAUAGUUGAGACUAUUCUUCACCAAGAAACUAAAGGAAUUUUAGAAAGCAUACCACCUAGAGGCUGGGAUUUUGGAGGCAGUGGAAUCCAAGGAGCAGUCGCAUGUAUGAAAAGGAAGAAAAUAACCCACCAAAAGGGCGAUGUUAUACACUCAAAUCAAUAGAAUUUUACACUUUUGGUACAAAAUCAAAGAAACAAAAAUGUUGCAAUUGAUCCUGGCCUUUUUACUCAUAUUAUUCACAAAAAUGAUCCUGAGGUUACUACUUUGAAUACAGCAAAACUGGCCUUUUUCCUAUAAUGUACACAAACUAAUAUAAUAAGAUAAUAAUACUACAAAAAUAGAGGGCAAGAUGAACCUAUUUGAACCUCAAAUAAA